AUGAUAAUCUAUGAAGGUUCGGGGCCGAUAAGCAGAUCGCUUCUCUCGGUUCGAGUGACUGUGCCUGUGGGAGGAUUUCAGGAGCUGAUCUUCACGCAGAGGAGUUUGCAUCGGGAUCAUCCAGGCGCCCAACGUGAGGGUCCUGCUGGAACGAGAGGACCAGAGGGACGUCAGGGAGAGAAGGGAACCAAGGGAGAAACAGGUGCUGUUGGACCCCCAGGAAAAACUGGACCUGUUGGUCCCCAGGGUGUACCAGGAAAACCAGGAACAGAGGGUCUCCGAGGACUUCCAGGAUCAGUGGGUGAGCAAGGAUCUCCUGGACCUUCUGGACAGAAAGGACCACCUGGACCUCUCGGACCUCCUGGUUUGCCUGGCCUGCGUGGAGAACCCGGUUCCAAGGGAGAGAAAGGACACCCAGGUCUUAUCGGUCUCAUUGGCCCCCCAGGAGAGCAGGGAGAGAAGGGAGACAGAGGUAUGCCUGGCCCUCAUGGAACCUCCGGACCAAAAGGAGAGUCUGGAAUGGCUGGAGGAACUGGACCCCUCGGCCCUGCUGGUCCUGCUGGUCUGCCAGGUCCUCAAGGUGUUAAAGGAGCCAAGGGUUCUUCUGGAGGAUCUGGUCCUAAGGGAGAAAAGGGAGUACAAGGACCUCCUGGACCUCCUGGCCCACCAGGUGAGGUCAUCCAGCCCCUGCCCAUCCAGAGGAGCCCCAAGUCCAAGCGCUCCAUCGACGCCAGCCAGCUGCUCCCAGAGAGCGACUCAGACAUGCCUGCAUCCGACGCCACUGGCACUGAGUUCCUGAUGGGCAGUGAAGGCAUGGAGGAGAUCUUUGGCUCUCUCAACUCACUGCGACAGGAGAUUGAGACCAUGCGAUUCCCACUGGGUACCCAGGACAGCCCUGCUCGCACCUGCCAAGACCUGCACCUCAGCCAGCCAGACCUCAAAGACGGAGAGUACUGGAUUGACCCCAACCAGGGCUGCUCCAGGGAUGCCUUCAAGGUUUUCUGUAAUUUCACUAAUGGAGCAGAGACAUGCCUGUAUCCCAGCAUCAAUACGGUAAAGAUGAGCUCCUGGGACAAAGAGACUCCAGGAUCCUGGUACAGUCAGUUCUCCACUGGCAGCAAGUUCUCCUAUGUGGACUCUAAUGGCGAGCCUGUGGGCGUGGUCCAGCUCGGCUUCCUGCGUCUCCUGAGCAUCCAGGCCCGCCAGAACCUCACCUACCACUGCCAUCGCUCGGUGGCCUGGGCCGACCGAAGCGCCAAGAACAGCUACAACAGAGCGCUGCACUUCCAGGGCGCCAACGAGGAGGAUCUGAGCUACGAGACCAACCCUUACAUCAAGGCCUUGGUGGACGGCUGCUCUUAUCGUAAGGGCUUCGAUAGGACAGUGCUGGAAAUCAACACGCCACAAGUGGAGCAUCUUCCUCUGCGGGAUAUUAAGGUGUCAGACUUUGGGGAGAGCAACCAGCAGUUUGGCUUUGAAGUGGGACCUGUCUGUUUCCAAGGCUAAAAACACACACAUCCUGAGCGGAACAACACUACAAACACUCACACACAUGCACUUAGAGACACAUUGAUAUAAAAACACAUACAUGCCCAGUAAUUUGUAAAUUAACUUGUAAAUGAUAUGAAAACACACACACAUACACACACUGAGAUACACAGAUGCGGUUGUGGGACAAACAAGCGCUCACACUCAAGUACGUGCCUGGGAAACUCAACAUCGUCCCAACCAAUAAUGGACGUCAAAAAUAAGUCAAGAGGAGAGAAAUAAAAACUCGCAGAGAGGAGAUCAUCGUUUGGGCGCACCACAGCAAGAAAGGAAGAAAGAAGCCAGGAGAGAGUGUUUCUGAAGAAUGAAACAGUGUUGUUUUACCAGCAGCCAAAGAGGCCGGCCUGAGACAGAGAACAAGCCGGCGACAUCUGAAGCCCCUUGUCUCCGAUCCCCCUCUCACUCCUCUCUCCUCCCCACGGUCUCCCCCUUUUUUUAUCCACUCAUCCCACUUGCUCUACCUCCUGCUUCCUCCUUCUAAAAAAAAAGGGUCACACUCGGACUUUAUCUGCAUUUCUUUAAUCUCACGUUCACACUGCGGGCAACAUGGUUGACAGUCACUCUUUUCAGACUGAAGAGCGGUGCAACAUAUGAGGCUGAAUGCAUCCGUACGGUUUGAAAAGUUAGUUUCGGUUCACAGCUUUGGUGUUAAAUGCUUCAGUCAAUUGAGAAUUGAAUGUUUUGAAUCAACUUUCUUCUCUAAGCCAGCACUCCCACUCAUGAACCUAAAAGAAACCUGCAGGCGCCAAACUUUGGAAGUAAAAUGACGGCCAGUGGUCAGUUCAAAUCUUCUUUACGGGCUCAGUCAUCUAGCUGUCUAUUUCUGUGACAUGUGUGUAAACACUCAGUGACUUGUCAAUCGUGUUGCUCACAUUGGAAACACUUUUUAACUCACAGCUCUUUUCUUAUUGUAUCAAAAGGAACCAAAGAAAUAAAGCCACCAGUUUCCUCCCAGAAUGAAGAGGGAACCAACCGAAGGAUGCCAUGCUUGUUAGAUUGAAGUUUUUCUUUUGUUACAGCGGCUUCUCUUUAUGAUUAUCUUUCAGUGUCAUUAAAAACACUCUAUAAAUGUGAUUCACAGCUCAUACUAAUGGUUGAAAAAUCUUUCUGGUGUGAUGCAGCAAGGAUUGUAGAGUCCAGUGAGAAGCAGGAGUUAUUCUUUGUUAGACCUGUUUCCUUUGAGAGCAGCAGAAACUCUCUUUGAAUUGUUGGUUUGUUACGCAGGACAAAACUUGCUGCGUGCAGUGAGGCAAAAUAAAGAUGUGUGGAAACCUUGGUCAGGGAAUUAAAUAGCCAUUGUUUUUGUAAGCUGUGCUACGCCUGAUGCUGUUGUACUUACAUGCUACUUGUGCCUUUUAAACAGCUGAUUGGUCUUUAAAUCAAGGAUCAGGCUAUGAGGGUCUCCAUCCCACACCAGUCUAGCAUUUACUGAGUCACUUUCUGGGUACUUUGAUUUUUUUUAAAUCCAAAACAUGUUUUCUGAUUAUCAGAACCUCGUCAGGGUUUAAAUAUGUACCUGGGAGCCCUCUCCCAUCUUUGUUCUCCUACAGCAGUGAAUUAAAUGCAUGCAGAAACUGUGUGGCAAGGUGCUAAUUAUACCAAAGUAUACAAGUUGUAGUAUUCACUUUCCACCCCUCCUUCACUCUCUUUAGUCUCUUUUAUAAUUUCAUGAAGCUUUUUUACUGGGGAAAAUGUGCAUUACAUUCCAUUUGUACAGAAAUAGUGAUAUUCUAUUGUAUUUAUUUAAAACAAACAGGGUGCUAUGAGAUAAAAAAAGACCACCAAAUAUUCACGUCAAAUGUGGUAUAUUUCAUUUGUAUUUAUUUCCUGUAGCUGACACUCAAGUGUUCAAGUGACUAGAGUGACUUACAUGUUCAACUAUCUUCCAGCUUGAGCUAAGGUGCUUCUGUUCACGCCCUGUCCAAACUCCUCCUGUAGAACCAAAGAAUCUGUGGCCAUAUUUGAUUGUAAUAUCCCUUUUUUUAGUGUUUUCAUCAACUGUACUGUGCUGUUCAAUUUUGCUUCCACUGUAAUGAUUAAAUGGUGACUCUCCA